CCGCUGGUUCUCAUACAACCAAAGUACACACAAAAAAUGGCCACUCUUGCUUUCUCAUCCUCUCUCCUCCUCUCCUCUCCACCUUCCAAAUUUUCAUCACCUUCACUUUCUCCUCUUCUUCCACGCUUCUCUUUGUCUCACUCCUCUGCUCUCUCUUCCUCCCUCUCCAUUACUCCAUCUUCUCUCACAUACCCCACACCUUCCAAACGCUUUGCUCUCUCUGCCUUGAGUGUCAGAGCUAGUGCUGAGGUGAAAAAGAAGGUCCUCAUAGUUAAUACCAAUAGUGGUGGACAUGCGGUUAUUGGCUUUUAUUUUGCAAAACAGCUUCUCGGUUCUGGCCAUGAGGUCACAAUACUGACUGUUGGUGAAGAGAGCUCUGACAAGAUGAAGAAGCCUCCAUUUAACAGAUUCUCAGAAAUUGUGAGUGCUGGAGGUAAGACAGUGUGGGGGGACCCGGCAGAAGUUGGGAAGGUUGUGGGAGGAGCAGCAUUUGAUGUGGUGUUGGACAACAAUGGCAAGGACUUGGAUGCUGUGAGGCCUGUGAUAGAUUGGGCCAAGAGUUCUGGUGUAAAGCAAUUUCUGUUCAUCAGCAGUGCCGGAAUCUAUAAGCCAACUGAUGAGCUACCUCAUGUCGAAGGGGAUGUAGUUAAAGCUGAUGCUGGUCAUGUUGGAGUGGAGAAAUACAUUGCAGAGGUUUUCGGUAUUUGGGCAAUAUUCCGUCCACAAUACAUGAUUGGAUCUGGAAACAAUAAAGAUUGUGAGGAAUGGUUCUUUGAUAGAAUUGUUCGGGACAGGCCAGUUCCAAUCCCUGGCUCUGGAAUGCAACUCACAAACAUCUCUCAUGUUAGGGACUUGUCCUCUAUGCUUACUCUAGCUGUCGAGAAACCAGAUGCUGCAAAUAGUAGGAUUUUCAACUGCGUAAGUGACCGUGCAGUGACUCUGGAUGGAAUGACCAAACUAUGUGCUCAAGCUGCUGGUCGUCCGGUUAACAUUGUUCAUUAUGAUCCCAAAGCUGUUGGAAUUGAUGCAAAGAAAGCUUUUCCUUUCCGGAACAUGCACUUUUAUGCAGAACCAAGAGCUGCUAAGGACAUUUUGGGUUGGCAGGGCACCACAAAUCUUCCUGAAGAUUUGAAGGAGCAGUUUGAUGAGUAUGUAAAGAUUGGAAGAGACAAGAAGCCCAUAACAUUUGAGAUAGACGAUAAGAUAUUAGAAUCGCUCAAAGUACCCGUGGCUGUAUGAUCAAUCAAACUGCACCUAUAUCUACCCACUUACAAGGCUAUAUGGGAUGCCCUUUUUUCUAUCUCUGCGUAUUCCUAUAGUUUGUCAAGAAUCAAUGUAUUCAAUUAUCAUAUAAAAGUAAAUAAAAUGAUAUGACUAUUGUUA